CACUAGCCUAGCCUAGCCUGUCCAUAUUUAUGAGCGAGAGAAAGAAUAAAGAGAUAUAGAGAGAGAGCGAGAAAUCUUUCAUCUUUGUGCUUUUCUUGACCUCAAACCAUUUCAAAGAUCAUUCAAAAAUUUUCUUCAAGAAAAUGCUUCACAAAUCCAGUCUUUGAACAAAUUAUUAUUAUUAUUAUUAUAAUGGAAGAAGAAGGAUGUCGACAGUUUCUUGAGUUGCUCCCAAAUCAAGACAGGGAAUGGUUUGUCCUAAAGCAACAAGAAACAACAACUGCAAGAAGAAGAAGCCAUUAUCUUUCAGAGGAUAAAAAGCUCGAACUUAGCCUUGGCCCACCAGGAGGGGGGCCUGCCAUGGUCAUGGAGGAACAAUCUGAUGAGGGUGAAGAUGGCCUGCAAAUUUCAGACAAGAAGGCAUUCUUGCCAACAAAGACAGCUGUGCCUAUUCCUAAUGCUCAAAAAAGGACUGUCUCUGCUCAAGUGGUUGGUUGGCCUCCCGUUAGAUCAUUUAGAAAGAACUUUGCUACCAGUAGUUCUUCCAGAUUAGCUUCCGGUUAUUCGACACAUUCAGCACUGCAGCCGUUGCCCGACAAAGUUUGCGAAGAACGACAGUUACAACAUUGUUCGAAAUCCCGGUUCGUAAAGAUCAACAUGGACGGUAUUCCCAUCGGACGAAAAGUGGACCUCAAUGCAUACGACGGAUACGAGAAGCUCUUCUACGCCAUUGACGAGCUCUUCCGCGACCUUCUCGCAGCUCAAAGUGAGUGUUCUGUCGAUGCGAAUGUUGCGAGAAAAACUAGUCGAGGAUUGCUGGAAGAAAGCGGAGAAUACACGCUCGUGUACGAGGAUAAUGAAGGGGACAGAAUGCUCGCCGGCGAUGUCCCUUGGCAGAUGUUUGUCUUGACGGUCAAAAGGCUGCGCGUACUGAGAAGCUGCGAACUCCCGUCAUUGUCCCGAGGAAGCAAACAUGGCUGUGUUCCAAACAUGCUCGAAUGAUCGAAGUUAAGAUAGGUCUCUAUUGUCUUAAGAUCAUUACAACAUUGAGUUUCUGUAAUUUCUUGUCAUUCUGUUGAAUUCCCAGCAAACAUUAAGAUCUUAUCUUCCGUACAUUUUCAAAUCAAUUUUAGUCACGACCUAAUU